GGGUAGAUGACACAUUGUUGGACAUGUGCACAAAUGCCAGAAUUCUGGUUCUGUGUAAUGUGCCCUACAAAACGCUAGCGACCCUUGCUCACUUGCAUCAAGUUGAUAUGCUGACGUACAUACAAAACUGCUCUCCGGUGAGUAAAAUUCAGUUUACAUUUCUUAUUUUAAUCAUCUUUGUCAAGAUUUUUAGCAACAAACAAUAAAGAUUGGGAUGGUCAGUCUUUGUUGACCCUAGGGGUUGGGGCUGGUGUGCACUGAUAAGUGGUCAAAGUCUGAAGACGGCAAGCAACCACCCCAUUUAAAGCAAAGGAGAUUUAUUAUAUUUCUUUUAAAAUGUUAACAAAUAAGCAAUGCAAAAACUCUAUUUAUUAUUCUGUAUUCUUUAAGCUUAGUGUUUGUUUACUUAGUCUGCAAAAAGUGAGUAACACAUGGAAGGAACCUAUUCAAAAUGACUCUUCCAGGACUCAACAUUACCAUGUGGUGACCAACACUCAAAUGGUUCAGGCAAGUUGUAAAGUUAUACUAUUUUGUUAACCAUCCAUAGUGCAAUAUCCAAACUGGCACGUUAUAAAAAAUGCUUUUGUUAACAUUGACCAAUUGGAUAAUAAUUCAUUUAAAAGGAACUAGGCCCUUCUCUAAGAAAAUAAUGAGUGUGCCACCCAUUUUAUGUCCAAAUUAAUACAUUUUCAUGAUCAUAGUGGGGGAAGAGUUAUGAAUUUGGCUAAAACUUUCUUUUGUGUUUGCAAAGCAUUUCUAUAAAACUGUUUUAUUUCACUCCGCACUCCAAUAUUUUUAUGCAGACUGUUGUCAUCAGCUGCCCAAGUAUGGUAUCAGCCCGACUGCUUGAGGAGAGACUGUGGAAAUGUUUGUCCAGCGUUGCAGCUGCUGUGACAGAUGGCAAGGUUCUGCCUGGAGCCGGCAGCACAGAAUUCUGGUGUGCUGGUGUCAUACAGAGGGAAGCGGAAAACUCUUUGUGUAAGGCUACCAUAAUGCCCUCUUGACACGAGAAGUAAAUCUGGCUGUAACGCACCAUAUGGAAAUAUAAGUUGUUCUCAUAUUUUAUUUCAAUUGUUAUUUGCCAGCAAACAAUGUAAGAAUAAAAUGACUGCCAUUUUGUUUCUGAUUUUCUUUAUCCUAUUACCGGUAUCAAUAUUUUGCUGCUUUUCAGUGCGUGGGUCAAAUGUGGAGACUGUCAUCCUGGAGGCUCUGGCGAAUGUUUUCUAUGAUUAUUAUACCAAGGUCAGGGUCAACUGCUCACUGGCGUCAGGGCAGGACUCAAUAACUGUCAAUGUUCUCCAAAAGGAAGAACACUCGACUGCGCACCUGGCAACGCAAGACAGAGAACAACUGGCAAGCCAAUUAGGGCAACUAAUUUCACCUGUCACUUAUAGAGUAUCUGCCCCUUCUGGUAAUUCAGAUCACCAGUUACACCAACAUAACCCCAGAUUCACAUAUCUAAAUGGUGCAUCACGGGCUGAAUCUUUAGAAGGUCAAUUUUCACAAUCCUUUUCAACCCACCCAUUCUUCAUAGAAAAGCCAGCACAAAAAUCUCUUCAUCUGACCAAGCAAUACAAACCACCCCUACAUGUUGACUGUGCCAACUCUGACAAUUAUCAUUCCAAAAUAUCAGCCUGGGAAACUGCUCUCGCUGUAGUGUCUGUGCUGGUGAAUGUGGAUACUUUCAUUGUAACAGGAGUCAAGGCAGAACAAGCAGUCCUAUGAAUGUGGAUGCUUUCAUUGUUACAGGAGUCAAGGCAGAACAAGCAGUCCUAUGAAUGUGGAUACUUUCAUUGUUACAGGAGUCAAGGCAGAACAAGCAGUCCUAUGAAUGUGGAUACUUUCAUUGUUACAGGAGUCAAGGCAGAACAAGCAGUUCUAUGAAUGUGGAUACUUUCAUUG